UUUACGGCGUCCAUGCCGAUUGAUGCUGAUGCAUUUGGCAUCCCUCAAUGUUAAAAAAAAAAACAGUAUUUUUUAUAAUUUGUUAAUUAUAACCUAAAGUAAAUGCAUUCUCAGCAAGCUUCACGUUAAUGUCGACAGUUGUGUGUUGAAUAAUAAAAACCAAUAUAUAAACCAGUGAAAUUAAUAAUAAAAUAAGAAAUAAUGAAGUUUUAUGAGGGAGAAGAAGUCCUGGCAAAGCCACCAAAUGAUGAGGAAUUCCAAAAAGGUAAAAUAUUGGAAAUAACUGGUGAUGAAUAUAGAAUACAAUUUGAGGGUGGUGCUGAACAUUCUGUAGCUGAAUAUAAUAUUCAGCCGGAAAGACCGUCAAGAAGUGCAACUAGACCACGUACGAGAAGAACUCCGUCAAGAAAAUCACCAAGUAGAAGAUCAACAAGUCGUAGAUCACCAGGAAGAUCACCUAGUCGUAGAUCACCGAGUCGUAGAUCACCAGGAAGAUCACCAAAACUUGCUAGUGCUAGAAAAGUUACAAGAGUUGUAAGAACUACACAAAAAUUAAAUCAACAAGAUGAUACAGAUAAACCAGUUGAAGUAUCUAAAACAGAUACUGAAAAUAUCAAUGAAACUGAUGAUGUUACAGAGCUUAUUCCUCUUAAUGCAAGAAUAAAAGAACCUUCAGUUGCAACAAGAAGAUCAACACGUAUUUUAUCAAUGAUGAAAAAUGAUAAAACAUCAUCAAUUAGAGGUAUUGAUCGUGCAGCAUCACUUCCUGUUGAACGUAAAAGUAUUAUGUAUGAUUAUUUGACAGACAAAGGUGAAAGAGGUUUUUCUGUUCAACGUGAUCAGGAUCUUCAAAAAUUAUUGCAUUAUGAAGAAGAAGCACUGCCAGAUUCAUCAACGACAAUUGAAAAAACAAAAAAAGAAAUUGAACUUAUUAGUAAACCACAAGAAUGGGGUGGUUGGUUUGGAGUAAUGUGCCUUACAAUAAUCAUACCAUUUAUUAUAAUUUUAUCACAAAUUGCCUGCUCCAAUAAUAAAUGUACAAUUGGACAAUUUCGUUUGCCAAUAAAAUGGCAAACAUAUUUUAAUAUUUAUCCAACAAUUGGAUAUUUUGGACUAAUAACUGUCAUUGGAUUGAUUUCAUUGAUACCAAUUGGUAGACUAAUUGAUGGACAACAAAAUAAAAUAGCACGACUUCAGUAUCGUAUCAAUGGAUUCAUCACAUUGAUUAUAUUAUUAAUUGCUUAUGGAACUGCUGAAUAUUAUUCAUACAAAAUAAGUGAUUGGAUAAUCAAAUCAAUUCUUAAACUUUCUAUCAGUGGUUGGAUAUUUGGAACAUUAAUAUCAAUAUUGUUAUAUGUCAAAGCUGGAAAAGCAUCUGUUGCUGCUCUCAAUAUUUAUGGUUCAACUGAUAAUUUCAUUUAUGAUUUUUGGCAAGGACGUGAAAUUAAUCCAAGAUUUGGAAAAUUUGAUUUUAAAAUUGUUUUAACAAGAACUGGUCUCAUUGGAGCUAUACUGAUUAAUACUGCUUUUAUUUUAAAAAGCUUGGAGGGUAUAAAUCUAGAUACAAUAAAAGAUGUUAAUGCAACAUUACUUGUUGUAGCAGGAUUACAAACUUGGUAUUUCAUUGAUUCACUGAUAUUUGAAUCAAGAUGUUUGACAAGCUUUAAAUUUUUAUAUGAAGGUACUGGAUAUAUGCUUUGUGUUUGUAAUUUACUUUAUCCAUUUUUGGCAACUUUAACAACAAGAUACAUCUAUUAUCAAAAAGUCAACAAGCCUGCAUAUGAACUUGCAGCUUUGAGCUUGUUCUUUUUCAUUGGAUAUAUUAUUUAUCGAAUCAGUAACUCACAAAAAGAUGAAUUUCGUAGAAAUCCAUAUGCUCCAUCUGUCUCAAAAUUGGAAACAAUAUUAACACCACGUGGAAAAAAAUUAAUAACAUCUGGCUUUUGGGGAUUAUUGAGACAUCCAAAUUAUUUUGGUGACAUUAUAAUGCAUUGGUCAAUUGCAAGUAUUUCAUUAUUUACAAAUGAUGUUUUACCAUAUUUCUCUGCAAUUUGUUGUACAAUUAUUUUACUUCAUCGAGCAUAUCGUGAUAAUUCACGUUGUAGAAAAAGGUAUGGUGCUGCUUGGGAGCAGUAUUGUUUACGAGCCAAAUCUAUGGUCAUCAAUCGUGUUUAUUAAACAAAAAUAUAUUUAAAAUUUUAUUUUUGUUUGUAUAAAAACACGUUAAAAACAAAAAACAAUUUCAAGUGGACAAUAUCUGUUAAUUUUAAAAGACAUUUUUUGAUAAAAUAAAUAAUUCAAGAGACAUUGAUGUUUGCAAUAAAAAAAAAUCUAUAUGUCGUGUCGAUUAGUGGAGAAUAUUCGACAAAAAAAAAAAAAAAAGAGAAAAGACAAUUGUUUUAAAAACAAACAAAAUUACGUAAAUUUUUUUUUCAUAGAAAAAAAUUUUAAUAAUCUUAACUUGGUUAUAAUAUUUCGAGGGAAAUUAAAAAAACAAAAAAAAUAAAUUUAACAAUUGUAUAGCACUGAAACAUGAAUUGUAAAAAGAAAUGAGAUUUUUUUUUAUUUAAAUUUAUCAAUAUAAUAAUUUGUAGAGUAAAAAUUUUUAUAUCCAAAUGUAAUUAAUUAUUUUAUAACGAUAUUAUAAAAGAAAAAAUAAUAAAUUUGGAUAUUAAAAAAUGGAAAAAAAAAUAUUUUUAAAUCAGUAUAUGCAAUUUAAAUGAACAAAUAUUAAUUAAAAAAAAAAAAGAGCAAUUUUUCAUGACUAGUUUUAAGAAUGAAUUUCAUUUUUGUAAUUAAGUGAUAAGAUUUUUUUUCAAAUGCAUUUAUUUAGAAAUAUAUUUGAUGAUAGUAAUUGGAUAAUAAAAAAAUUUGUUUGUAAUAAAUGUUGUUGUGAAUUUUAUUUAAUUUAAAAAAUAACAAGUUUGUUGAUCAU